AUGCCUUCCACCAGCGUCCAAACGCCGGCAAAGGCCAUGCCAGCAUCCCGGGAGGCGUUCCCAGGGCAUAAAGGCCUCCCGGGAGGCAUUGCCGGGGCGUUACGGUGCUGGGCGGGGGCGUAUCUUUUAGGUGGCUUUGGAAUAAAAAAAAAUUCCCUUAAUCCCUCUCAGCUUCUGCCGCUUGAGCUUGUGGACAAGAGUAUAGGAUCACACAUUCAUAUCAUGAUGAAAAAUGAGAAAGAAAUUGUUGGGACCCUCCUUGGUUUCACUGAUUUUGUCAGUAUGGUACUAGAAGAUGUUACAGAGUUUGAGAUCAUACCUGAAGGAAGAAUAAUCACAAAAUUAGAUCAGAUUUGGCUAAAUGGCAAUAACAUAACAAUGUUGGUUCCUGGAGGAGAAGGACUAGAAGUGUAAAUAUGUUCAUGUUCCUCUUGGUGAACUUAAAUAUUCUGCGGGAAUAUUUUCAGAAAACAAUGGUGUUUUU